AUGCAAGAAAUAAAUGAGAAAGAAAAGCAAAGAUAGAGAAUAUUAGAAGGCAUAUCAUUAAUGCCAUUCAAAAAUACAUAUUAGGCAGGAAGAGGCCAUGCUAGAAAUUACAGUUCAGACAAUUUUAAAGAAUCCCCCAUUAGAACUCAGUCCUAAAUUUUAAUUGCUCAACGGUAUCCGUUUUUAAUGGAAAAAAAGAUUUGCCAAUAGAUUAGCCUUAACAAUAGUUUUAUGGCAAGCUCGGAAUUUGAUUAUAAAUCAAAAUAAUUAGACUUAGAUAGAAUGGUAGUAUAUAAGAAAGAGAACAGUUAUCCCAAAUUUAAAGCAGAUCAAAUGAUGAAAAAAUUUGAUAACAAUUAUGAAUAUUUGGCUGAAAACAUAAGAAUUAAUGGAAAUUUCCUUAAAAUCAUAAACUAUGAUAAGAUUAGAGAUAAUAGUGAGAUAAGACUUAAAAGCAAAUCUCUAUUUAGUAAAAACAAAAUUAAGAUUAAAUCACUAUUAGCUAGUCCUAAGAAGAAGUAUUUAUAAGUAGUAAAUUCGUAAAUUAAAUGUGAUAAAAACUAAUCUGUAACUGAAGCAAUAGUGGAAGAAGAAAGUUCAAGGAAAGGAGAUUAUUCUGAUUACGGCGAGAUUAACAUAGGCUCAUUUGGGAAUAUUUAACCUAAUAUAGCCAAAACAUCAAAUACUAAUAGCAGGAUUAAGACUAAGAAAACAUAAGUAUUAUAAACUCAAGAUAUUCAUAACUAGAGAAAUAGCUAAACUUCUCAUGACAUAAAAGUACAGAAUAAGAAAGAUAAGUUUACUAAAGUCUAAUAUGGCAGCUUUGGAAAUUUGGAGAUAUUGCAUGACAGUGAAAUAAGUCAGACAGAGAAUACAAAUAUAUAACCCAGUUUUGAUAGUGCCAAUCUAGAUAAAUAGAAUUAAACUCAUUAUGCUUUUGAAAACGAAAGGAAAAUAGUUUUUGAAGAAAGUACAAAUAUGAUAACUAUCCAUGAUCAGAAGAAUUCGAAAUAAAAAGAUGAGGAUAAGCAGAUUUCAAAGUCUCUCUAAGAUAACUCUAUUUUCAUAGAUAACCGUAUUCAUCAAUAGCAGGCUAGCUAUCAACAAUCAGAUUAAACUAAAGUCAAUGUUAAAAUGGAAAACAAGAUUUUCUUGAAAACAAGUCAAACCAAUCAAGACGACUAAUUAAAGUCAAGCAUUUAAACUUUGAUAUCUGAUGAGAAACACUAAAUAAAUUUUUUAAAUGAUCAAUAUCAGGCUAGAUCUGAAAUUAAGGAUGAAAUAGAUGACUAACUGAAUUAAACUAUUACUGAGAAUUAUGGUGAGAUAACAGCAGCAGAAAAUGAUAUAAUUAUAGAUUAAUAUUAAUAUAGAGAUUGA